AUGGCGACCACCAUAACCCUCAAGCCACCAUCAACCACCGUGGUAGAAUCAAACUCAACUGUCCUCUACAGGUUACGUCUUCUGGGCUCUGAACUCAGCAAGGCCUUACCAAAGCACCCGAUGAUUAAGGUGCCGAAGAGAAAGAGAAAACAAGCCUCAGCCUCAGCAUCUCUAGGAGUGGAAGACAAACCGACAUCGUCUCCAGCGAAGACAGAAGAUAAAAAAGAAGAAGAGAUCAUCCAAAUCCAAUCACCCACCUCAUUAAACUCAACAAAGUCCACUGACCCCAGCUGCUUACCUCUGAGGAAUAUUCUUGUACUAAAAAGAAAACAAGCUUCACCAAAAGGGCAAGCACUAGAGGGGAAACUGCCUUCUUCUGAAGAAGAAGCAACUCAAAUCCAACCUGCAAUGCCAUCAAGCGCAGCCAAGAUGACUAUCCUCAGCAGCUUUAAGCUCAAGAAUGUUUUUGUACUGAAAAGAAAACAAACUUUACCAUCAAAAGAACUCGAGGAGAAACUCCCUUCUUCAGAGGAGGAGGAGAAGGAGCAGAAGCCGCUUUCUUCUUCUACAACAGAGGAGAAGGAGCAGAAACUGCCUUCUUCAGAGGAGGAGCAGCAGAAGCCACCUUCUUCAGAGGAGGAGGAGCAGCAGAAGUCGCCUUCUUCUUCAGAGGAGCAGGAACAGGAGCAACAGAAACCACCUUCUUCUUCUACAACAGAGGAGCAGGAGCAGCAGAAACCGCCUUCUUCUUCUAAAACAGAGGAGCAGAAACCACCUUCCUCUACUUCAGAAGAAGACCCAUCAAACUCAACUAAGAUGACUAUCCGCAACUGCUUACCCCUAAAGAAUAUUUGUGUACCAAAAAGAAAACAAGCUUUACCAUCAGAAGGACUCGAGGAGAAACUGCAUGCUUCUUCAGAGGAGGAGAAACUGCCUUCUUCUACAGAAGAAGAUGCCAUCCAAACCCAACCCCUCAAACCAUCAAAAUCAACUAAGUUGACUAUCUCCAGCUGCUUCCCCGUCAAGAAUAUUCUACCGAAAAGAAAACAAGCUUUAUCAUCAAAAGCACUCAAGGAGAAACUCCCUUCUUCAGAGGAGGAGGAGAAGGAGCAGAAGCCGCUUUCUUCUUCUACAACAGAGGAGAAGGAGCAGCAGAAGCCACCUUCUUCAGAGGAGGAGGAGCAGCAGAAGCCGCCUUCUUCUUCAGAGGAGCAGGAACAGGAGCAACAGAAACCACCUUCUUCUUCUACAACAGAGGAGCAGGAGCAGCAGAAACCGCCUUCUUCUUCUAAAACAGAGGAGCAGAAACCACCUUCCUCUACUUCAGAAGAAGACCCAUCAAACUCAACUAAGAUGACUCUCCGCAACUGCUUACCCCUAAAGAAUAUUCGUGUACCAAAAAGAAAACAAGCUUUACCAUCAGAAGGACUCAAGGAGAAACUGCAUGCUUCUUCAGAGGAGGAGAAACUGCCUUCUUCUACAGAAGAAGAUGCCAUCCAAACCCAACCCCUCAAACCAUCAAAAUCAACUAAGUUGACUAUCUCCAGCUGCUUCCCUGUCAAGAAUAUUCUACCGAAAAGAAAACAAGCUUUAUCAUCAAAAGGACUUGAGAAACUGCCUUCUUCAGAAGAAGCCAUUCAGAGAGCACCUUCAUCAUCAGAGCCAGCUCCAACUGGCAAUGACAAACUUUUGGCCCUCCAGUAA